AUGUCUUGCAACGAUUCCUUCACACCAUCCGUAGCUGCAUCCGACUCUGCCAUUCCGAGCAAGAGCCAGCAGGGCGCGCGCGCGCGCGCAUCCAGCAGAUCCGCUUCCCCCAUGGCGCCAGCUUACGAAGCGCGCACAAGCAAGAGCAGCAAGAGCAGCAAGAUGACCUCUUUUGGCACUGAAAAGGAUGAAAAGAGCGGUGGAAUGGGCUACGAGUCGGAUGAGGAAAGGGGAUGGGUGCUUCAGCUUCUACGCGACGAUGAGGAGCGUGGCCAUCUGCUGCACUUGCCCCCUUCCUACGACAGCUUGACCAAGGAAGAUCAGGUGAGUUUGGCCGAUGGAUGCAGCGCAGCGCAGCGCAGCGCAGCGCGUUGCAAUUGCGUCGUCGUCCACAUUUCGCGCUCGCACUAACUUGGCUGGCCGCUGCCCUCUGCUCUGCGAUAGCGCGCUAGCCCUGUGGCAUCCUCGUCUUCCGAAGCCUCUUCUGGCUCUGGCUCUGCCUCUGCCUCUGCUUCUGCCUCCAAUUCCAACCCUUCUCGCCCAUCCCUGUUGGCGCGCGCCAAGGCGGCUCGCAAGGCCAAACACAUGGCCAAGGUGGAAGCAGCUCACGAUGCCUGGCAAGCGUACGGCUUGGAUACGAGGGCGAUGGAGAGGAGCGGGAAGAAGAUGCCGCCAUUCUUUCUCAACCCGCCAAAGUGCAGCAAUGUGGACAUGAAAAAGAUGCUGAGGGAGCAGGGAUUGUGA